ACCGCGCCAAAAUUACUAGGUCCUUCGAAUCAACUAGGAUGAAGUAAUCAAAGAAGUGCAAAAUGGCGCACGAAACUUGCUAUAAUAAAACGAUCGAUCUUCUACAACAAUUGAAAAUACCAGAUGUAGAAAAUCAGUGGAUCGAUGAAGCUAUUUCUGCUAAUUUUUGUGAGAUCGAUGGACUCCCUGAGCCACUUCGUGAAGAGGCCAAAAUGACAAAAUAUUUCGUCGAGCAGUUGAAGGAUAUUCGCGAUAUUUCACCGACAUGGGGUGAAAUGAAUGAAUUAAAAACUUUCUGGUCAUGGUUGCCUGAAAAUGAAAUGUCAAACAAAGCUCUUCUUGCAAUUCUGGCUUGUUUCAUAACUUCCAAGACAAAGGUAUCAUCUGUAUCAUGGAGAGACCUUUCAUGCAUAUAUGCUUCCAACAUUUAUCUCCACCUUGUCUCAAUUCCAGGAAGCGUUGCCCAUGGAAUCCUGAAUCAAAUCCUCUUAGCAAAAGCUAUUGAAAAUUUGAAAAGAUGGCCGAGAGGAGCAGAUAAAGCACCAACUAAAAGAAAGAAAACGCAGAAAAGUAAUCCCCGAGGUGCGAAAGCCAGGCGAGGUUCGGGACGCACAGCCUCACAACGAAAUGCUGAAUCCUCAAGGAGUGACGAGGAAGAGGACAUGGAUGUCAGCAUUGAACAACCUAAUGAAGUUGGAGCUAGCAGCCCUGAAGUUGAAGUUUCAAUGAAGGAAGCAGUCCUUGAUCUUUUAAAGGAUACUACCUCGUUCAUUAAAAGAAACAGUUUCAAAGAUCUGCAGCAGGCUCUUUAUUCUUGCAUACAAGUCUUUGCUCAUUUAACAAGGUUGGAAUGUAUCCAUGAUACUUUCAGACAUGCUGGAAAAUGCAUCAAAGAUCUCGCUUAUGAGGCCAUAGAGUCGUUCUGCUCCGAAUUCCAUGAUGACGUAUCAAAGAUAUCUAGAUGUGUAAUGAACUACUGUUUAUCAAGUAUCAUGAUGUUUGAAGAUGAAAAACCGGUUCAAGCAUUGACAAUACCAAAGCAACUUCAAAAUAUCAAAAAUGAUACUCGAGAUUUCAUUUGCAAUCUCAUCAAGAAAAAUGACCCUGCGAUUGUUCAAUCUGUGCGAGUUCUGCUUCAAAACAUGUGCGUCAAAAUACCGGACAAAGCGGCAUAUAGAAAUAUUUUGUGUACGGAUAUUUGCAAAAUCAUUCUCUGUUUUCCUGUGAAUAUCCAAGAAACGAUAACAGAAUGGUUCAAGAAAUACUCAAGGAAUGCAAAAAUUGGAUAUCGUGUCUUCUCCAUUGACCUCAUGAACUGCUUUUUGCUGUUACCCGAGGAAGAUAUAGUUGGUCAAGAAGGCCAGCGGUCCACAUGCAGAACAGCAUUCCUUCAAGCAAUGUUUGCUCGCUGCUCUGAUCGCUCCCCCACGGUCAGAGCGAAGGCAUUAACAUGUCUGCAUCAAGUGGCUUCUUCGCCUUGCGAAAGUGUAAUUCUAACAUUCAAAGAUUUGCUCUCAAGCUCCGUCAAUCCCUCGGGCUUAUUUCAAACCCAGAAUCUCAGCAAAGAUGUUGUCUCUGACUCCCGCGGGUCUGAUAGAGUCACGAUUUUGGACCUGAUAAGAAGACGGAUGAAAGAUGAGAGAGUUUUGGUUCGAAAGGCAGCCAUUCAGGCAUUCAAUAGCGUUCUACUUCUGCUGGACAUGCCUGUUGCAGUUGAGGAUCUCAAAUUGUUGUUCGAAAGAGGCAUGGACCCAGCAUUGUCAGUGCGAAAGCAAGUAAUGCACUCAAUGACACAGUUGUUGCAACAUUUUUCCACGAAUCCUCAGCUUCAAAAGUUUUGGUUGAAUUGUGUUCUACCCAUGGUUUUGGACAGAGAGACAACAGCACAAGAGCAGUGCGUAGGAGUGUUGGAAGAGUUGAUUCUGUCGAAGAUUAGGCCUAGCGACAAGUCAUAUGAUUCAGACCACAUACUAGCAUGGACUCUCCUAGACAAUAUUGCUGGAAACGAAGGGCAAGAGUCUAGCCAAUAUUUUGGUUUGGUCUGUGAAAAUUGGAGCAAGAACGGAAAGAUCAAUGGAAAUUUGGUAAAGAGCCUGCAGACACAUUUAAAUACAAACAAUGCGAAGGCUGCAUGGUUGUUUAUUGCUGCAGUUUCGUCAUCAUCUGACAAAAUCAACCCAAGCAUUAUAACAGAUUAUUGGUUUAAAAACAUAGAAGACAAUUCAUGUCAAGAUGUUAUGACAAUGUCAAGGAUACUGAAGACCAUCCUCACGAUAUCCAAGAAACUGUCUCCAGACCUGGCAACAAAGCUCCUUGAUGAUAUUCAAGAAAGAGUCAUCAAAUUUCGAUGUCCUCCUGAACUAAUCUCCCUUUGUGUGCAAUGUCUGCCAAAGCUCUAUUCUCAUGUUGAAAAUGGAGAAGCAAAACUCCAAGAUGUAUGCGAAAAAGUCUUGGCUAUUUGCGAAGAAGACAUAUCGCAAAGCAUACUGGGAACUGAACACGCAAUUCCGAUUGAUAAAUCUGAAAUCAUCAAAAGACUCGUCACCCUUGGAGAUAUUGCUCAGCUUGGUCCCUCAAAGACAAGUGAAAGAAUGUUUGUCAUGGUACAGUCAAUGCUUCUGCCACAGCCAUCCAGCGGAGGAAGUACAGGUGUGAACGAGAAUAGCAUCAGAAAUUUGAUAAUUUCAACAACCGUGAAAGCCUAUGCUUUUGGGACUCUUGGUAAGCUGUGCCUACAGAAUGAUGGCCUGGCCAAGAAAUGUGUAGCUGCCCUUGCUCGGGAGCUGGAAACAUCUGAAGACCCUGCUAUCAAGAAUAAUGUUAUUGUUGCCCUUUGCGAUCUUUGUGUCAGAUACACGAAUCUAGUGGACAGAUACAUUCCUAAUAUAGCAAGCUGCCUCGCGGACCCUGAGCCUGUUGUCAGAAGACAGGCACUGACCCUUCUUACUCACCUUUUACAGGAAGAUUUUGUGAAAUGGAAAGGUUCACUGUUCUUCAGAUUCAUCACUGCAUUGGCAGAUGAAAACAAGGAAAUAAAAAACUUUGCUGAGUUCUGCCUCGUGCAUAUUUUGCUGCCAAGACACCCAACGAUGUUUUCUGUUCAUUUUAUCGAAACGUUGUUCUGUUUUAAUUCGUAUACAAAACAUCGUGCCUACAACAAAUUCCAACAAACAGAAUUAGAACGAACUCGUUUUUCUCUGGCUGGAGACAGCAAAAGAGAAAAACGCAUGCAAAUUUACACGUUUCUUCUUGGCAACAUGAAUGAUGAGCAGAAAUUCAAACUAACUGGAAAAAUUUGCAACGAGAUUUUUGGCGAGAUUGUCGACGGGACAAUGGCCAUUGAUGCACAGUCAAAGCCAAUGAUUGAAGAUGCAUUUGCUAUCAUAAGCUCUCAGGAGAUAAAGAUUUCGAAGGGAAGAUCGUCAGCUGAGCCAGAGGAAGGGAUGGACGAAGAGCAACAGGAGCUUGCUUCGCAGCUUAGAGCCAAGGUUAUCAGCCAGAUUGUCAAGAAGAAUAUGAUUGAAAACAUUUUCCCAACAAUCAUUUCCUUGAAAAAACAAUUUGAAAAAGAAAAGUCUUCCCUCCUUCGAGAUUUGAUGCAAUGCUUGAAAGAAUUAAUGAGUGAUUAUAAAGCAGAAAUCAGAGAUAUCUUGGCCCUUGAUAAGCAGUUGGCCGCAGAGAUAGAAUACGAUUUAAAGAAAUACGAGGAAAGGCAGCGAGAGACUGUCAUACCCGAGCAAAUCCCGAUGACCCCUGGUCGAAAUGUUCCCCAGUCACAUGCUUCAGCGUCAAGAAAUCAUCAGAGAACACCACUGGCUACAAUGCAACAGGAUCAUCCAAUGACAGCCUCGCGCAGGAAUGCGGCUAUAACGCCUCGUAAUGGCGCAGCAUUCUCGUCUCCGAGGUUAAAGACACCAACCAAUGCAAAUAACCCCAGCAGAUCAGCUUACCUUGCACAAACUGCACCUGUUCACAUGAAGACACCAAAAUCCAAGGCGAAGAUGAACCAAACCACCCUCUCGACAGCAGUGCUUCUUAACUCUGCUAAAAAAGUCAUGGAAAAGAUGAGAAAACUCUCAGUAGCCGAAAGAGCUUCGGUCCCUUCGCCUAGAGAAAAUGUGCAAGAAAAGGAUCAAGUUGGAACACCCAGGCACGACAGGCAAUCUGCUAAAGGUAUCAUCGAUGAAAACAAUGUCACCCCAAAAGCAGCUUCUUCUGCAGGGAAUGCAACCGAUAUUGUUACGCCAAAAGUAAGAGAAAUCGUCCAAGAUCAGCUACCAGAUUUCAGAUCUCCGGUUCAGGUAACAGAUGCUGAACUAAUGGAAGACCGCGUUGGCAGGGCUAUUAGUACGCCAGAAGGCCACCUGUCACAUAUUUCGUUCAUGGCACCAACUGAUUUGAGCUUUAUUCCGCGCGUACAAUCACCAGUACCUAUUAAGAUCCAAAGGCGAUCACGAAAAGCAGGAAUGCAAGGCGGAACCAAAAAGCCGGAAGAUGAUCGUAUUAUCUGCAUGCCUUCACCGCACAAACCGUCUGAGAAGCCGAGUCAGUGGAAUGUGCAAAGUCCGGCUCGUUGGGAUGGUCCUCAGAACGCCAUGCCGCAUGCCAACCGGACUAGACGCAAAAAUAAAUGAAUCAAUGCAUUAUUUACUGUUGCCUAAAUGAUAUUUUGAAAUUUUGCGAAAAUUAUUGGCUGCUGAUACAGAUUUUAUCCUUGUCAUGGUUAAAACCUUGUCGUUAAUUAGUGAAGCUGUGUUCUUUCUGUUAUUUAGUGAAGUGAAAAAUUGAAAAAUGAGCAAAACUUCCCGUCUCUAGUAGUGAAAUCAUGUAGAUGUCAACCAAAUAGUUGUGUUUUCGACUGUUCGAGAAGAACUCUUGGAACUAAAACUAAAAAAGCCAAUCUCUUUUAACACCAUGUAACAUACUGAAUAUAAAACAGCUGUUGUAGAACACCUAGCUCUUUGGUAACAAAGAGAAUAUCUAAGAAAUCAUGUCUAUUGCAACAAAGAUGUUUCCACUUCCACAAAAAUUAUACUAGUUUUUGAGUUUGACAUUAUCAAGACCCCCAAGUUCUUCGUAGACUUUAAAAAAUAGAUAAACGAAACCCAAUUUCAGUAUUGAUUUCUAAUAGUUAUUCGUGAAUAUGAAAACCAUCUCUUUGAAUCUAAUGUUUUGAUCUACUAGGAAAGAAGUCAGUACUAAACUUCGUAGCUUGUUUGCCUUGCACAAACAAUAGGCUUUGUGACAUCAAUUUUGUACCGCAACUUGUCCCUGUAUCUCCGUAAGUUUUGUAGGCUCUUACAUUUCAUUAUUUCAAUAUACAAAUCAUGUAACAUCACUCUCCUCUCAGUGCAGAUGCAUGUACACAGAUGUGUGACUUGAAUUGAUUUGAGUAGCAGUUUGAUUGUAUGUUUUACAGGUGCUUUGUAGUAAAUAUGUUACUUAAUAUUUGAUUAUUUAUAAUGUUAUGUUGUAU